AUAAAGGAUUGUCAGUUUCAGUUUUUGGCAAGUUAUAUAUCUGAAAAACAUCGACAUGAAAAACCUAGAAAAUUUGCUGAUUUAUUUCAGCAACCUUUCCGCAUUCUACAUAUUCAGCGUAGCCACUUCGAUAGCAGUUGUUUUGUUAACCGUAUACCUAGGAAUAGUGACUAGGUAUUCGACUGGAAUCAACGAUCAGGCAGACACAAAAUCACAACACCAGCCACAGAGCCAUUUGACCACCCACGAUUCGGACAGUGAAGAAGCUGGCAGCGAGGACGAACGGCUUAGAAUUGAAUCAGUUCGACAGCUUAAGUCAGCCAAACUCAAAUCAUUGGAGAAACAGUUAACCGACGAACAACGACAAGCUGAGAAGGAAAUCGAAAAAGCUCAAUUGGCCGCAAUUUUUGAGUUGUUGAAAAAACAAAGCGAAAGAUUUGAUUCUGAAUCCAAUUUGAAUGAAGAUGAUUUGAAAGAGCAAUUGAGUUUAUACCGGUGAAGCAGUGAGAACCCCGUAUUGGUACAAUGAUAUU